UCAACUGCAUCUUCUGACCUGGUCUGAUAUACGUUUGGCUCUGGUGCAUUGCCUCAUCAUUCUUAGGAACCUGACGAAAUAGUCACCGAAUUCUCGUCCGGGCACAUUCCCGCCUGCCUCAGCUCCUCCACACACACCACCGCAACCAUAUACAUGGCUCUGCCCACCUGCCUCACCUCCAUCAGCCUGGCCCUCACCUCCUCCAGGAUGACCACGAUCACCACCUCCGGUACUCCCACCCUGACCACCAUCACCUCUACCAUAGUGGCCCCCGUAACCACCUCCACCACCUCCCUGACCUCCCGUCACCACCGUUGUACCCUCCUCCACCACCACCACCACUUCCCUGACCCCGUCGUCACCUCCAUCGUCUCCGUCAUCACCACCUUCAUCCUCACCGCUACCCUCAUCCUCUCCGCCUCUGCCUCCACGUCGGCCUCUACCUCACCACCACCUCUAGCUCCUCUACGGCCGCGACCACUCCCCCCUCGCCGUCCAACCAUUCCCAAACCUUCCCACCAAACCUCAUUUCCGAUUCCCGUCCUCAAAAGUUAAAAGUUUUCAUCUUUUCUUCAUUUCAUGUUGUUUCCCAUUUUGUAUUGUUCAUGGGGUUUAUCUAGCUUUGCUUUUCUUUUUGCUCUUGUUGGGUUAAAUUUGUCUUUUGGUGUGUGGGUAAUUUUGUUGAAGUGUUGUUCAUGAGUGUGUAUCCCUCAUCCCUCAUUUUAAUGUUAGAAAACAAAAUAAUGCAAAAGAAUCAAAAGACGUUUGCUACUCAUAGUAUUCUUCCCUGUACCCUGUGGUUCAGUUUCUGGAAGGAGAACUACUCAUAGUGUGUUUGUAUUGCAAUCCAGGUGGAAGCUUUGCCCCAAGGGAAAAAAUGAGCCUUCUAAAGAACUGCCGAAGUUUUCUGUCAAACUUUUUCUUCAUUCCAGCGGGCAUGUUGCAGCGAAAUUCCAAUAUGACCAGGGGCUAUGUCUUUGACCUUGAACAAGUUCCUGCAUACUCAUGCUUUAUAGGCUAUGUUUCAUGGCAGGUUAUGGAUGUUUCCGCUUUCUUCCUUAUCAGAAGCAGAGAAGGUUCUAGGAGAAAUAUCUAAUUAUAAAGUUCAGUUGGAGGUGGUAAAAGCCAAAAUCAAGUCUGCUAAAUCAAAAGAUGAGUCUGAAUCUGUUAAAUUUACUCAAAAGAAUCUGAUUAACAAGAUAUAUACUAAUUCUGCAGAUGCCAAGAUUCCUGCUACUCUUGAGUAUCUCGGAACUUUCAUUGAGGCAGGUUGCAAGUUUCUUAUAUUUGCGCACCAUCAGCCAAUGAUAGAUGCGAUACAUGAGUGCCUUCUUAAGAAAAAAGUGAGUUGCAUCUGGAUUGAUGGAGGUACACCUGCUGCAUCAAGGCAACAAUUGGUGGAAAAGGAUUAUAUCAAGGCAGCUGUACUAUCCAUUAAAGCGGGAGGAGUUGGAUUAACUUUAACUGCUGCAAGCACAGUUAUCUUUACAGAACAAUCCUGGACUCCAGGUGACCUAAUUCAGGCCAAAGAUCGUGCAUAUAGAAUUGGUCAGAAGAAAAAAGUGGGUUGCAUCUGGAUUGAUGGAGGUACACCCGCUGCAUCAAGGCAACAAUUGGUGGAAAAGGAUUAUAUCAAGGCAGCUGUAGUAUGGUGGUAUUUUUGGUUGUGCAUUUCUUCCAUGUGUUUCCGUUAUAAGCAUCUUUUCUGUUGUCUUGGUGGAAGCUUUGCCCCAAGGGAAAAAAUGAGCCUUCUAAAGAACUGCCGAAGUUUUCUGUCAAACUUUUUCUUCAUUCCAGUGGCCAUGUUGCAGCGAAAUUCCAAUAUGACCAGGUUAUGGAUGUUUCCGCUUUCUUCCUUAUCAGAAGCAGAGAAGGUUCUAGGAGAAAUAUCUAAUUAUAAAGUUCAGGCAGGUUGCAAGUUUCUUAUAUUUGCGCACCAUCAGCCAAUGAUAGAUGCGAUACAUGAGUGCCUUCUUAAGAAAAAAGUGGGUUGCAUCUGGAUUGAUGGAGGUACACCCGCUGCAUCAAGGCAACAAUUGGUUACAGAUUUCCAGGAAAAGGAUUAUAUCAAGGCAGCUGUACUAUCCAUUAAAGCGGGAGGAGUUGGAUUAACUUUAACUGCUGCAAGCACAGUUAUCUUUACAGAACAAUCCUGGACUCCAGGUGACCUAAUUCAGGCCAAAGAUCGUGCAUAUAGAAUUGGUCUCAUCAGUAAAUAUAUACUAGUUGGGAUGUGGUGCAAUUCAAACCGGAUAAUUUGGGGGCAGGUGUUAGAUGGCCAUGAGAACACCUUAGCUGUGUCAAAUAAUCAGCCAUUGAGUAGCCCUGCAAAGCAUACUACUAUUGGGCAUAGGCCUUCAAAGCAGAGAACUCUUGACCAGUUUGUCAGAAGAUGUGAUAACGUGGAUAGGUCGGAAGUCGGAACAUCAGCCUGACCGGAAACGGCCCUCUCGGUCAUGACUUGCGAAAUAUGCAAAAUGGAUUUCCAUUUUCACAGAUACAUGGCCAGUGGCAAGUGAAUAGGAACUUAAAUGUUGAUGUCUACAUGCAGAAGUUUCCAUGUAGUAUUAACCAGAUGUGCUUACAUGCGGAAUUCACCUGUGAUGACACAAAUGCCUUUUUGAAGCUGAAAUCCAUUGUACAACAAAUAAUAGAUUGAGUAGAACUGGCUACACUAAACUAUGUUACUUGUACUGGAGAUAAUGGUUUGAAUAUGUGAAAUAUGUAUUGGAAGAAAAUGUUGAUAAAGUCACCCAUUAGAUUUUAGGUUUCCACUUCUUGUUUUUAACUUUUUGCUCCCCCAUGUUUUGUUUUAGUUUGGGGCUCUGUACAGAGCAUGACAUUAUCAUAUAUGAACGAGACUUGUAAAUUUCUUUACUCCA